GCAGGAGCAGGAGGAGGAGGAGCCGCUCCGCCUUCGCCUCCGUGCCGGGCGCCGCUCGCUGGCUGCGCGGCCAUGAGCCCCCCGGGGCCGGGGCCGGGGCCGGAGGGCGGCGGGCGCUGAGCGAUGUCGCGGGCGGCGGGCGGCGAGUGCCGCAAGGAGGCGGCGGGCUGGGAAGCCGAGGACGGGCAGUGCGACUCGGGCAUCGAGUCGCUGCGCUCGCUGCCCGGCGGCAGGGAGACCCCCGCCGAGGUCCCCGCCGAGGGCGCAGCGCAGAGCUCCGCCGCCGACGAGCGCCUCGACUCCAGCUACGGGUCCGGCGCCCUGCCCGAGGCUCUGCCCGGGUUGCCGGCCGCCUGCCGCGCCGAGGAGCCGCCGCUCCCGGGGCUCAGCCGGCAGCAGCUGGAAGCCCUCACCUACGUUUCGGAGGAUGGAGACACGUUGGUUCACCUGGCCAUUAUCCACUGUGUCCCAGCUGUCGCACUCUGCUGCAUUGCUCAGCUGCCCAGGGAGGUGCUGGAGAUACAAAAUGAUCUUUUCCAGACCCCGCUACACCUCGCUGUGUACUUGGAGCAGCCCAGUGUGAUCGAGGCACUGAUCCACAAGGGAGUCAACCUUGGGCUACAGGACCGCAAUGGAAACACCCCACUGCACCUGGCCUGCGAGCAGCAGCGCCUGCAGUGUGCUCAGCAGCUGCUGCAGGGCACAGCCCUGACGGAGGGUACAGACCAGCCCCAUGAGCACCACCAGGACCUGCAGCUCCAGAACUGGCAAGGCUUGGCCUGUCUGCACAUCAGCACCUUGAAGGGGAACAUCCCAAUGAUGUCUCUUCUGCUGGAGAGUGGUGCCAACAUCGAUGUUCGGGAGGGCACAAGUGGGAAGACCCCAUUGCACCUGGCUGUGGAGUGCCACAACCGCAGGGCUGUCCAGUUCCUGCUGCGCAAUGGGGCGUAUGUGGAUGCCCAGAUGUACAAUGGAUGCACCCCGCUCCACCUGGCUGUGGGCCGCAAGGAUGCUGCCAUCGCUGCCAUCCUCUCGCACUCCGGGGCUGACACCUUGCUGAGGAACAUGGAGAAUGAGACAGCCCAGGACUUGGCUGAUGGCAAUGAUGAUCUCCUCGCCUUGCUGCCCUUCGAUGACCUGAAGAUCUCGGGAAAGCCUGUUGUGUGCUCUGAAUGAAUGGCUGGACUCCUGGACUCCUUUGGCCCGCCGGGCUGCCUCCUCGCUCUGCGCUGCUGCCCUGCUGCCUGCUGGGACUUUGCCUGCCUGCAGUUCAGUGGCAGUAGAGCCACUUUGGGAGAGUUACUCCUCUUUCUACUCUUCAGAAAAGUUUUGUUAGUCUCGGGCUGCCUUCCCAGAGGGAAGAAGGUGGUACUAUGAGCACUACACAGGGGAGGCUUUUCUUUUAGUGUUUGCGCCCAGCAGCAGGACUGAAUUUCCCUUCCCUGCCAUGGGUCUGACUUGUGGGGGUCUCCAACCUACACAGGGAAGGAGCAGGAGAAGAGUUGUUUUCACACUGUACAGUGUACAAAGCUCCUCUGGCACUUCUCAGCACCAUCAGAAUAAGUGUGGGGUGAGAAGAAUUAGCGCUCACUCUAAUAAACGUUUGUUCUUGCUGUGGGCGCCUAAGGUCUCGUGUGAUCUAAGCUACCACACUCCCCCACAGCAUCAGAAGGCUGAGCAUUACCCUGGGCACCUGAGGGCUGCAGGAGCUUCCCCAGGCUGCCAGCUGCCUCGGGUCCUUAGCACAGCAGAAGGUGAGUGGGAGCACAGGGGCUUCCCCACUUGCAGGGCCGUUCCUGUGCCUGUGGCCAGAGCCAGGGGAUCCCAGCCAGGCACGCCAUUCCUGUGAUGUCCUGCUGAACUUCAGGGCUGAAGACGGAGCAUAGGAGGUGCAGGAAGACGAGACAUGGAUCCCUGCUUCUGCUAUCACGCCUGACAUCUUGCUGCCUUACUGUGCCACCCCAUCCCCUGGUUUGAGAUGGUGUUAAAAAAUUUAGGGCAUGGGUCUUCUCUGUGUUUUAGGUUCCCCCAGGUUGAAAGCAGAGACUGCAUGGUUAUCUCCACGUCCCUUCUGUUGUUCAGCUCGCCGCCCUUCCCUGCCCCCUCUCCAUGCCAGAGGAGCACGUGCAAUGUAUUAGGGAACCAGCAACCAAAGAUGCUGUGGGAAUGGAGACAGUGUGUGCCUGACCUCAUCUCAGCCAGGGAAAUUCCCCACUUGCUGCCUGGGAGCAGCUGCUGUUGUUUGGGGCAAAUCACAGAUGGCGCAAUCACCCGACAUGCUCUGGAGUGAGCUGUUGUCCUCCUCCUCCCGUCUUGGAAAGGCAGAGAGAGCCAUGGAAUGCUGCCAGGAAAGCAGCAUGGGCUCCCCCCAGGCCUCUCUGGAGCUUGCCUGGUCUCUUGAGCAGCCGUGGCCUGGAUUGCUCGAUUUCUUCUGAAUAUUUGCCUCUCACCUUCUGGCAGGACUUCAACCCUACUGCAAACGACCCAUAUUUUGCUCAUGGGCCUCGGCCAGCACCUGCCUGGAGCGAGUGUCUUGUGGGGCUGCUCUGGUGACACCUUCAGAGGGGAUGUGGGGCACUCCAGGUGGCUCAGAGCAGUGGGUGCAGGCACUGCUGGACAAAGCAGCAUGUUGAGGCUGAGGAUGCAACUGGGUGUGAAGGGGAGGGAAAAGGCAGAAACAAGUGAUCUGCACUAUCUUUUUCUUAUUAUUUUUAAAUAAACUUUUUUUUAAAAAAAAAAAAAUAGUAUCUCAAAAAACGUUACUGGGCAGCCACUGGAUGGCUGCAGCCAGCUCUGCAGCCUUGCCCAGGGCCUGGAUGGAUACUGGGUUGAGGUUGCUGAGGGAACGUGGGGCUGGUGUGGAGGUAGCCUCCCCCUGCCCUGCACCGACCAGACAGCCCCACCACUGGCAGCGGCCAGUGUGUGUGCCUGGAGUGGGGCUGGGAUCCCGGAGCGGGGCUGGAGGGAUUCCAGGGAUGAGUUUUGAGGGGUUCUGCACUGCAAGCAGGUUUUUUUUCCUGUGUCAGAUUUGGCUGGAGCUGAGCAGCAAGCGUGGGCUUAGUGUGUGAGCUGAGGGGGUGGGGGCCAGGGCUGCUCUCACGCCUGGAAACUUGGUCCUGGAACAGACACCUCUUUGGCCCACUGGCUUCCCCUCUCUGACUUGGUAAUUUCCCCUCUGGGCCACAGGACAAGCGAUCCUGGCCCUCAAGCGCACUCUCAACAAGUCUGCGUAUGACACCAAGCUGAGUGGUGAGGUUGACACCCCUGAGGGAUGGGA